AUGUCCUCUGACAGGAAUAUUAGUGUUAUACCUUUAGCAAAAGCUGGAUUCGUUGAUGGAGGGAACUACGAGACGUAUCGUCCUGGUUAUACCGACGAUGUUGUAAAAGAAAUUAUUUUAAUGGCAACGGACUCAGUGGAUUUGUUGGAUGGAGAGUGUGAGUACGAUAUUUUAGAAUUAGGAGCGGGAACAGGCAAAUUUACAGAAUGUUUGCUGAAACACUGUCCUCAGGGAAUGAAAGUACUAGUAACAGAACCAUCCAAUGAUUUCAUUAAAACAUUGGAAGAAAAAAUCCCUGUUGUAGAGACAAGACAGUGCAGUGCCAACAAAAUACCACUUCCUGACAAUUCUGUUAAAGCCAUAAUUGCUGCUCAAUGCUUUCACUGGUUUGCAAAUGAAGAGAACAUUUCCGAAAUUGCCCGAGUAUUGAAACCAGGAGGAAAUUUUGUUUUAGUUUGGAACGUUUUAGAUGAGAGCUCACUUUUAAAUGCGGAUUUCCAAAAAUUUAUCUUAAAGUGGAUAAAGGACUCACCCCAGUAUUAUGACAUGAGAUGGAAACAAUUUCUCGACAAUUGUGACCAGCAAUGGAGCUCAAACUGCUCACCAUGUGAAGAGGUAUGGAUACUAAUCAUGAUCAUGUCAAGGGAAGAAAGAAGUUUCGAGGAAAGACACCCCUCAAACCUCAAAUAA